GUAAUACUAAUGCUUUCUUUCCAAUUUGCAUCGGGACGAUGUCAAGACGGUUUAAGGGCCGUAGCGCUAUCGCUUGUCUAGCAUGUCAUAGCCAGAAGCUCAAGUGCAGUGGAGGGGACCCGUGCCAAAGGUGUCGCACGCGCGGACGGGAAUGCGUUUUUCCAAUCAGAGACCGGAUAUUAUCUGUAUCAGAGAGCUACAUACGUGAUCUCGAAGCUCAAGUGCAUCAAUCGCAACAAGCGCGUAUGCAGCAGCAGGAUCCUGCUUGCAGCAAUCAUAUGGGUAAUACCAAUGAGAUCGAAAGGUCACAGUCAAUGAAAGACUGCACCGCGGAGUGUUUCGUUCAAUCUGUAAAAGAACUAUCGUCCCUUACAGCGGCUGCUGGGUCGUCUCCUACGGAAUCUAUGUCGAAUGGCCCAGGGCGAUACACAUAUGCUAAGCUUAAAUUUGACUACAUCCAACCUGAGAUUUCGAUACGGCUACCACCUAAGCCGUAUGCCUUACAUCUUCUCGAAAUAUUCGAGGAAGGCUUUUGCGACUAUCACUGGUUCUUGCGGCGGAAGUUUCGCGAACGGCUAAUGCUCUCUUACUCGGACCCCCAAACCCAGACUACUGAUCGGAACUGGCUUUGUCGAGUUUCUGUGGUGCUUGCCCUUGCCGAAACGUGGAAUCGUGGAAGGAGUGCAACUUUAGGGAAUACCAUUCCCAGCCAAGAAAAUGCAGACCCUAUCGCCCGACCCAGUCCAUCAUCAGAUACCAUCGAUGUAUGGGGAGAAACACUUCCAGUGCCACCAGGGUCAGAGCUAUUCGAGCAAUGUUUGUUGCUGCUCAAGAUAUCCCUCGAAGAACCAUCAUUAGAGGAUGUUGAGGCACUUAAUCUAAUAGCGUUUUACAGCUACACCCUCAACAGACGUAAAACGGCCUUUUUCUACGCAAGGCAAAGCUUAUCCCUAGCGAAGCUUCUUUCCCUCGACCAGCCCAGUACUCAUACCUUCGAUUCUGAGCAACGUAUCUUAGAAGAACAUCGGAAACGGAUCUGGUGGACAUGCUACUGUAUGGAUCGAAUGGUGAGCACUGAAUUGGGAAUUGCACCCAUGCAAGAUUCCAUCACCAAAGGGUUACAAUAUCCUGAUUCAAGUCACCUAUCGCCGCCCGAGCGUGCAGACUUUUUCGAACCGUUCUUGCUUACGGCUCAGGUGCAACUCAGUAUCAUCAAAGGCAAGGUUGUUGAAACUGUAACGCAACAACUACAAUUGAAGAGUGACACGGACCCAGUCGCUGUGCUUAAACCCUGCAUGGAUCUAGUUCAGAGUUGGAGAGAAGGUCUGCCUCCGGAUCAAUGCUUCUCAUUCGAUGCCGGAAUUCCUAGUGCGAUGUUUGCGCUUCCUUUCCACAGGGUUUUGGCAUCACUGUAUCUGAGAUACCACCAGUGUAUUAUACUGCUUUUCAGACCCAUCCUCCUUCGCGAUUUAGCUGCGACGGUAGGCGAGAGUGGUCCUUCAGGCUUGUCGCAAUUCAACGAUACCUUUGAAUCAAUGAAGUUGGAGUGCAUAGAGGCCGCUAGGAGUAAUUGUAAGAUUCUAAUGGAUCUUUGCAAGAUGGGCAAGAUUGCCAAGUUUGGAUACUGGGAGUCUCUACAUCUCUUCUCAGGUCUGGCAAUCCUGGCACUGUCUCGUUGCCUGAAUCUCCCAGUGUCGCCCGCUUUAAGAGCUACAGGGAGCGCUUUCAAUGACCGUGAGGUUGAAACAGAGGAUGCUCAGCUAUACACGGGGGCGCGAUGUCUCCUCGUGGAGAUGUCUCGCAUUGGAAACCUCGCCGCGCAAGACUUCACAACCAUGCUGAUAGAUAUUGAAACAAUGGCACGAACGAUUUUAGACAAUCGCCGAAAAGGUCAAUCGAGCAUCGUACAAUCGGCGUCGAAUGGCGGAGACCAAAGCAUACCUGAGGACACAGCUUUUGCGCCCAAAAGCUCAGAUCUCCUGGAUAGUAUUCUUGAGGAGCAAAUGUGGUAUAACAUAGACUGGGAGGACAUUCUCCGAUAUGGAGACGGUACAUAACUAAUUUAAAUAGAUACCCAGAUGCCACAGCGUGUCUUGAUGAUGAUCGUCAUGACUAAUUACUUGAUGUACUUCUUCAA